AUGCGCCAAUUGAGACUGCUGAGCACAUACAGAGCGUUGUGGCUGAUCCUCGAGCGUUACAUCGAACACAUCCACAACCAGACCAACGGCUUCGUGGUCAUAGUGGACUGGACCGAGUUCACCUUCAGGCAAACUUCCAACCUCAAACCUUCCAUUCUGAAGCUGAUGAUCGAGGGUCUGCAAGACUGCUUUCCCGCCAGGUUCAAAGGCGUCCAUUUCAUCGGACAAUCGUGGUACGUUGAGAUGGCGCUGGCCGCCAUCAAGCCUUUUUUGAACGAGAAGAUCAAAGAGAGGAUUUACGUGCACGGGAAUAAUUUGAGCACGUUGCACGAACACGUGCACAAAGACGUUUUGCCUACCGAUAUGGGAGGCGAACAGCCCUCCUACAACCCAGAGACUUUUUUGACUUCUUUGAGGGUGAAGGGUGAUGUGAAGAAGUGA